AUCAAUUAUCAAGACCUUCAAGAGUGCGCUCAGCAUUACAACUGUACCAACAGCCAGUCAACAAGAUGCUUUCUCUAGUCCUUUCAGCUGAACUCACAGGAGUCACUGAACUUCGCCCUCAAGACACUCCUGAGAACCCCUACUACUACACUUUCAAGGUGCAAUGCACGUCCUGUCGUGAGACACACCCAAACUGGGUCAGCUUCAACCGUUUUGAGCAACACGAAAUCCCUGGAAGCCGCGGAGAGGCGAACUUUGUCUGGAAAUGCAAGCUUUGCCAAAAAACCCAUUCUGCCUCUAUCGUCGCAGGUCCAAAUGUGUACGAAGCAGAUGAAAAGCGCAAGGGCCGGAAAGUGAUCGACAUUGACUGCCGCGGUCUUGAAUUUACCGAGUUCAAAGCUGAUGGCGAAUGGGAGGCUAAGGGCACCGAGUCUUCCACUCCUUUCACGGCCAUCGACCUGUCUGAGAGCGAGUGGUAUGACUAUGAUGAGAAAGCUGGAGAUGAAGUUUCCAUCAAGGAAAUUACCUGGGAGGUCGGUACAGAGAUGGUUAUUCGUCUCAAGUGGGGUCAGACCGAGUACAAGGGCAAGCUGGAGAGCAUCGACUCGUACAUGAACGUGCUAUUGCGGGACACGGAGGAGUUCAUUGAUGGAAAGAACACAGGAACUCUUGGACUUGUGCUUAUUCGGUGUAACAACAUUCUCUGGAUGGGAUCGGCAGACAACGUCGAGAUGACGGACCUGGGGCUGCGGUAGAGAAAGGUUCGACCGGGCGUCGUUUACGAAACACCAUGCGAGAACGAAAUGCAAAUACCAGCUUGUGUCUCCUUGGGAAAGAUACGUCGGUGGACGAAAGAGAAUUGUUAAAUGAGCUUUGAGAACUGGCUAUCACAGGCUCUGUCUAUCUUCUUGUUUCUGGCACGAGGCGUUUUCAAUGAUGGCUUCUAAAUACAAUAUUUUUGGGUGACAUGGCAAUUCAAUCUGCAAACGACGAAGAGCCUAGAAUUUGCGAUCUAAGGAACAAGAAAAAGCCCUCUUUAUCGCUGGCGCUCGAUCGUCGAAUAAUGGCAAUGUCGUGCUGUUUACGAAGCAUGCGACAAUAAAAUGUCUUAAUUUCUUGAAGUAUAUAACCGCUUAGACCAACCAAAUUAAAGGAAGAGUGGAAAACAACCCAAAGGUUUUUUUUGGGAUACAUUGACUGU